AUUUCUGCUGUAUUUGACUUUUAUUUUUGGAGCAGGAUGGACUGAAAGAACAUUGACUCUGGGUGAGGGAGCUUCCAGCUUCCACAAAGGAUCUGAAUUAUGCAAAGAUGGUAGGAUUCAAGCGAAUGAGUUGUGGAGUAUAUCCAUAUAACCUGUUUCUGUAGCCCUGACAGGAGAAUUAAACAUUUGCUAGUUCUUCAGCUCCCAUAGUUCACUGCUGGCAUUCCAGCUUACCUUGUAAAAGGACAAUUGUUUUCUACUGAUACAAGAGACCAUGAGCUCUUUCAUCUGAAGCACAGGCAGACAGAGGACACAAAGUUAGAUGGGAGUGAGACAAACACUUGGCAGUAACUUAGUAGCUGUAAUAUGUAAAUAUACUGUAAUCCAAGUUUUGGUAUUUAUCCUUAUCCUUGUAAUUUAUUUGUUUUCAUGAUUAGACUUGAAAACUUUGAGAACAAGAGAUCUGAAAGUGGUAUAAAGUAACUUUUAAGUUGUUUUAAACUCUUUAGCAGUUAUUAGAAUGAGACAGAUGUCUUUAGUUUCUUAUCUAAGAACUGUCAAUGCUGUUGUGCAUAACAAAGUGCAAACAAUACAGCUGUUUGUCAAAUAUUAUGAGGCAUUUGAGUGCUUGCAAUAGGGAUUUGAAAUCCUUGAAAUUAAGUGUGAGGUGGGCAAGGAGAUUCUUCUCUCUGGCUGGCUGAAGGGUAAGAAGACUCCUAGAAAACAACUAAGAGUGAAUUGUAAGUCUUGAGUAGGUUUGUACCAUUGUUGUCCCUAGAUUUGGCUGGAGAGCCACACCCUGCCUUAAAGAGACAGACAGGAGAAACUAAUGGGGAGAACAGAGAUGAGGCCUCUACUAAAAAUGUUACUAAAAUAGCCUUAGAGAGGGGAUGAAAAGAAAACAAGGUUGUUCUCUCUGUUAAAUGGUAUUUAGUCCUGUGGAACUUGAUGACACAUUGGAAGAACAAGGUUCAUGAUACCCAGAAUGGAUGUUCCAGAUGGCUCCACCUUCUAGUGGGCAACUUCCAGAUUAGCUGGGGACUCCCCACAGCAGCUGGGACUCUUGUCGACUGCCCCAAGAAACUUUUGUUGUUGUUGUUGUUCUGCUUUGCCCAAUGUGUUAAAUGAAUGGUUUUGCCAUACUGUUUUCUUUAAUGCUGCCUGGUGAGCAACUAGAUACAGAAAAUGGUGUUCUGUUCUGUUAUGUAUGGCCAGUCUUAACCCCAGGGUUUCCAGCACCUCACAGUUGCAUACCUAAUACCCCUUUCCAGCAGCUGGUCAGGUAAAGCUGAGUGUAGCAUAUAUGUCUUAGGAAGAAGUGCCUGGUGGGGGUCUUAUUAGCCAGAAAAGUACUGUGUCUUACCACAGCAAGGGAGGGGCUUUUCCUCAUGACCUUCUGAAUGCCAGGGGAGUUACAGUGAUUUUUCCUUAGCUCUGCUUUUAGUUACUGCAGCAGAAACCGCACUAAAAUAUUUCUAUUCUCUUGCCUUUAUUUUAUGUCAUUUUUACAGCUCACUUUUUAUGAACAGGAAAAUACCUUUUUUUAAAAGAAAAAAAAAAGUAAAAAGUGAUGAAGCACAAAUGUCUGUCUGAUAUGCUUUGUGGUCUGUUUCCUGCUGCUGUGACCCAUGAUAAAUUAGUUCUGAUGUCUUGCUCUGUCGGCUGAAAGUAACUCAUGGUGUGACAAUGAUGAUAAAACUUCCAAACCUUUGGUGUGUGUUUAGGCCUGUAAUACCUUAUUUUGCUCAAGCUUUAUUCCUUAUCUUGCUUAAGCAUUGCAAGUGUAAAAAUCUUUCAUGGCUCAAAGAAUGUACGGUUUAUCUUUCAUGCAUCCUCACUGCAUGUCAUGUGCUGACAAAAUGAAGUGCUAAAGGUGCAUCCUUACUGUGCAAAUCCAAAGAAAACCGGUUGUACAAAUCAGCCUUUUUUACUAGGACACAUGUAUAAUCAUCCAGAUGUAGCUGCAGAGAUUGUUUUGACACUUUUAUCUUUUUUUCUUUGAUAUGGUCUUACAAGCUCUGGCAUGAAGAUAGCUAUAAAGCAGCUGGAGAAUGGCAAAUAUCUGUUAAAAAUCAAAUAUGACAUGUUCAUCCUGAAUAGGAAUGUGCUUCUCAGUUAUACAACUAUCUUUCUGUAUUUAACUGCAUUUACAAGACUUGUCUUGUUACCUUCUUGGGAGUUCACACUCCCAAGGUUAUUCGACACUCCCUCAGGCUAUAAAUUAUGGGCACAUGCCUACUGAAGUGUGAUUUAUUAUUUUUAUAAAAAAGCCCAACCCUUACAUCCCAUGUUUUGCUGGAAAGAGGCUUCUUUGUGCACCAAGCCUUUAAAUUGUGAGCAACCAUUUAAUAACUGAUUUCGCUUUUUUGUAUCGUGUUGCUCAGGGAUCUCAGUCAACUCCUCCACACCAUGAAGGGUUUUACUCUUCUUUUCCUAAUUGUUAUCUGUGGCAUGGGAGGAUUGGGACAGAAGCUGAAGCCAAAGAGAAGAAGCAAUGGUGAAGAAAUCAAAUUUCGGACUAAAACCAAAGACAUUUGCGCAAUGAGCAUUAGUGGGGACGAUGAGGAGAUGAAACUUAGAAUUGAAUGCAAAAGCCAAGACAUGUCCUACUGGUGUGAAUUCACUGGCAAGCCAUCAGUCUGUCGUGCUUUCAGAAAUAAUCCAAAGAUUUACUGGAAUCAGAUCGCCGCUGAACUUAGAAAGAUCCCUCAUGCUUGUGAAUCCACAGAAGUGUUGAAGACCUCCAUGUGCCAAAAGGCUCCUCCAGAGGCUCUCAUGAAGCAAAUAGCUACUGGUGUGGAGCCAGAAGAGCUAGCAAACCAGGAAGAAUCAGUGCAGAAAAUGUCCACUUCUAUGAGAGGAACAGGGCAAGGGUCUGAAAAUGAAACGGAAGCAAUGAAACUGGCACGGGAACAUUGCUGGGAAUCCCUGCAUGGUUUCUGCUCCUACAUUAUCGGCAUCUUUAGGGGUUAAGGACUCACUUCAGAGCAAAAUUAUUACAGCUGAAGAAGGGUCCUUGCUGUAGUUUAAUAAUUUAGACAUAAGAAUUUUGGUUUAAAAACGAAUUCUCUCUAUAAAUCUUGUAGGUGUUUUCUUUUUAUGCCCCUAAAAUGAAACUUUUUAACAGCCCUGAAAAAUGCAUGAAACUGGAGUGACUGUGUUUAAAGUGUUAGGAUGAAUGAACUGUCACUAGACUUGUUACACACCCAGGUGUGCAUUUAAAUAACAGAGGUUCUGCUUUAGGAGUGCUGACCUUGCAUAGGUUUUUGUAUGUGCUGAUUUGCUUUAGUUUGUUAGAGAUGAAAGCUGUUAAUGAUGAUACAGUUAGUGCAAACAAUAAAAAUAAAAUUUUUGAAAACAUA